CGUAGGUCCCCAGGCUGACACGUAGGUCCCCAGACUCGGCGGCGUAGCUUUAGGAUGCCACCGGUUCUUCAUCGACUGAUCCGGUCUGUGCAGCGAAGACUUCUGUCUUUCUUUGAUGGGACUGGCCGCGAGGCCGAGAAUCCUGAUCCCUUGUUGGAUGUGGUCCAGCAAUAUCCCAAUGAGGCAGCCUGGUUCAUCAAGGUGGUGAUGUUCUACGGCAGCGUUUCGAGCUUGGUCACAGUGGUGCCAUGUGGGCUUUUCCUUUUGAUCUUCUGGGAUCCUUGUAGGCUGUGUAACAGGCCACUGCGAUGUUGGCUGGCCAUACACUGCAUCCUGCAGCUCCUGCAAGCGCCUGUCCGCAUUGUUUUCUACCUGCGGGUGCGUGAGGUGCAGCGCUUGGAUGGUGACAUCCAGGAGUGCAUGCGACAGCUCACGCAGGCUCCUGCCUGGAGGAGUAGCAAGUUGGUGUCGAUCUCCAGCUAUGCCUGGUUUGUGUUGGGUGUCGUGUGGUUGCUGAACUCCACAUAUUGCCCCAGUUGCCCUGGCCUCUACAGGCUGUCCUUGACUGUGGUCGUGGCCUCUUUUGUGAAGCUACUCAUGACCUUAGUGGUCUUUAAUCGUUGCUUCCCGGUGCGUGGUGAGGCCACGUUGCCAAAGCCACGGGGCGCAACCCAGGAGCUGAUCGAUUCCCUGCCACUCUUCAAAUUCGACCCUGAGGACCUCGCAGCGGAACAUGUGCGGCGGAGCCGUGACAGCAGCUGCGCUGUGUGUUUGUGCGACUUCGACAGAGGUGAAGCUCUACGUCGUUUGCCGUGCAGCCACAGCUUUCACCAGAGCUGCAUCGAUCGCUGGCUUCGGCGGAAUCAGGUCUGCCCUUUGUGCCUGCGUGAUGUCGAGGCAGCGGAUGGUUCUAAACAACCGAAGGGUCGGAUCAAAGCGGACUGAUUUUGACUCCGAAAGUUCUGUGGAGCAACUUAAUCCCUGAAGGAAACCUUCAGGCCGUAGUUCGGAAGUGCAAUCGCACUGCACCCCGACACCUCACCGAAGGAUUUGGUCUCACCCGACCCCGUAGCAAUGGGGAGAA